CACGAUUCUGGAUUAAGUGUACUCACUUAAACUUGGGUUGUAUGAAUCCCGCCCUCACUCCUCGCUUCAUCAAUACUGUUGUAUCAAUUGAUAGUUUUAACUGGACGCUAUCAAAUGUAUAUAAUUGUAUCUCAAUGUCACUACAUCGGUGGGAAGAUAUUACUUUGUUUAGAUUGAUUUUAAAUAUAUCGGGCACUGCUAAAGUCCUGCGGAAAUCCAAAUACUGUAACGAUUUGGUUGCUAUGGUAGCUCGUACUGAGAAUACUUUAGGAAAUAUCAUGUGGUGGGGUCUUACUCCUGCCAUGAAUCUUGCGAAGUGCUUUGACAGUUUUUGUUUCGGUGAUCAUUUCGAUAAUACUAACAUACUUUGCGUAGGAAUGGGCGAUUCAAGACACAUCUUGCGAACUUUAUCUUCAAGGUUUUCUGGAAGAAAUAAGUUUGAAACAGUAUUUGCCUUGUUGAUAUAUCAAUUUGUUGCUUAGUUUUACCUGAUCGAACCAUUUCACGAAACAUAUGCUCGGCAGAUGCUUCAGCUAUAUACAGCUCUUGAGCCUUACACAAGGAUAGGGCUGCAGGGUAAAAUAUGAAUUUGUGGUCUAAUCUCAAAAGAGAAAGUAGAGAUGUAUCUUGAAAUCUUUGGGAACGUGAUGAUUCGAGAUGUCACAUCUAAAUAUUUGAUCAAUGCUGCAAAUAAUCUGAGGAGGUUGGUGACAAACUUAGGCCCUCUUCCAUCAUUUGAAUUUGUUGAUUUGUCAAAUCUGAAAUACAAGGAACGUGAUAUGCUAGAAUCAACACUUAAGUUUUGGAGUGGGAGAGAUGAAACAAAGUUUGAUGCUGACAAGUGUUGGUAGGUUCCUUUUUGUUAUCAGUUUCGGAGAGACACAUAACGAUUAGUAGUCCUAUCGCCUUGUCAGAUUACAGAGUUUUUGGUCGUUCACCCUGUAACCAGUAAAGUCAUAAGAAAAAAGAAAUUAAAAUACUUGAUCACUGGUUUUCAUUAUUCAUAUUUGUAACAGAAGAAUCUAUGCUACUCUUUUCUGAAUGCUAUCGACACAACUUUUGAUCAAAGUUUUCUUUUAAAUCUCAGCUAACGUGCCAAAAGUGCCUUAUAAUUUUGAUCACUUUGGCAGAUAUGAGGUUGUUCUGACACAUCAUUCUGUAUAUAAGAUUGCUUAACUUUAUAUGGCAGUUUUAUCUCCACUGGAGUCAUUUUAUAACAUAUCUUAGGUUUUGAUGACUUCAUAUAUAUCAUUUUGAUACUUAUUUUUUGCCCUCCAAAUGUCUGGCAUAAAACAGUUUUAUAAUUAAUCGGUAUAUUAAACCCUGCUGCAUCAAUAAACCUAACCAUGUAGUAGGCAGUUUAAAAGACAAAAGCAAUGACUAUUAGCUAAGCCUAUCGUUAUUCAUAAGUAGCGUGCCGGUAUGUUUAUACUAUGGGAUAUCUUACCCUCUUUGCGAAGCAUAAGGUAGUAUAUCACCUUCGUCGAUGUCGUUACAUUGUUUUUAGUUUCACUAGUACUAACGUCAAUCCCUUUGCUGUUUAUCAACCAAUUUGCGGUGAUAUGUUGUUUUUUAUUGUCUUAUUCAUACUCAAGGUUAUCCGAAAAUAGCUUUUUUUAAUAAUGUGAUCUUGUUAUGUGUAAGGUAAAGAACACUAAGCGAUAUCCUUUUUUAACGAAUUGGAAGUUAGGAAAAAAUCAUCCAGUCCAAUAAUUAAGUUUAACAUAUAGGAGAUAAACACAUGUCCAAUCAAGUCUUCACCACAGUGACAAGUAAGUCUUGUCAUUAGAUGAUGGGAAUUAAUGCUGUCAAAGUCUUUGGUGCUGUUUAGAUACACAACGUCAAUCUGCUCUUUAUUAUUCAUUCGCUGACGUAAUACAACACUUUGAUUCGUCGUCAUAGAGUAGUUUCUUAAUUCAGUUUAUUUAAAUGUGAUAAGGUAUUUUAAUUUGAGAGAUGUUAUAGUCCGUUGUUCAAUGAAGUUAUUUUUACCAUCUGUCUCUGCUAAAAGAUAAAAGAUAGUGUUGAGAUUUGCAGGAAUUUACCGAUCAUAUCUUUCAUAUGCUAACAAAAAUUUAGCCUUAACUUUAGGUGUUGAAACAUAGUCAUCACUAAUGGGUAUGGAUCUUAGGCAUUUUAAAGCUAAUGCUUGAUACGCUUCACUACCGUUUGCAAACGUAAAGAAGAAGAAUAAAAGUGUCUAGAACGUAAGAAGCAGCCAUAAAAAGAGGUGAAGAAUAUUUAUUAUUUAUCAACAAGAAGAGAAUAGGCGUGAAUUUAGAGGGCUGGUUUUACAAUAAGUAAAUACACACUAGACAUGCAGUGCAUGCAAUUGACCAUAUUUAUUUUCGGUUGACCUGGCUGUUAUGCACAGUAGCUAUAAUGGUUAUUUUUCGUCUAUAAGCUGCAUCAAAAUUAUCUAGUAGUGAUAAACAUUUCCCCCAUCGGCUGUUUUUCUGAUACGCUUAUAAGUGAUCAUUUAUGACCUUGAUUCACAAAUGCUGAUAUCAACUACUGGAUUCGCAAUCAUUCUAUUUCUUAUUUUCGGUUCUUAUUGGUAAUUCUUUAGGAAAAUAAAAUUUACCCCAAUUACUACUUACCAGUUGUUGCGCCGCUUAUAAAUUAGUUGUCCUAAGACCUUUUAUAUCUAAGAUAUUUGGGUCCUUUUUAAACAAGUUUUGAUGUGUUUUUAAUGACGACAGUGUGUUGGAAGCUAUACAACUUUUAAAAUACUCCCAUGAAGUACUAAGUAUAAAGUGAUAUAAGUUCUGCAACAUAUGGUUUCGUGGUACGCGUUUUGAAACAUUUUUUUUCAGUCAAAUAUUGGGGACAAUAACUAAAUUCUUCUUAGUUCAAUGUCAUUCAGGCUCUUACUGGUAGUUUUUAAACAUUCAUUGGUUUUGUUUGCGUUUUAAAAAAUAGAUUCUUUCUUUUUGCUUGUUUGAAAAUAGUGUUAUUUAAUUAAUUAUUAAUGUGGCAGGUUGAAAGUAGUUUAAACUGUGAUAAAAAGUGGUUAGCACCAGUUCCGUCUAUGCAACUAUUUAUUUCGGUUAUGUAUCAUUUAUAUAACUUUUGUUUUUAGUUGUCUUCUAUAAGGGUACCGCUUAUAAUCAUGUUCAGCAGUUCACUUGCGUCAUUAUAAGUUGAAAAAUUGGUUGUCUGUAGCCUUUAUCUAUGAUAUUUGAAAAGUUAUGAUUUUAACAAAAUACUGUGUAUAGAUCCAGACGGGCAAAAAUACUGAUGACUUUCAUUUAUAGAAGAUGUUCUUAUGGGUCCUUACUUUUGCAAAAUAUGUAGAACUAGCUUACUGACUAUAAAUGACAUUCUUCGAAAUAUACGAUGAGUUAUAGGUCAUCUGUUUUCAGUAGUAAUGAGUUGAAUUUGAAUAAAACAUAUCAUAGAUCCAGAUGCUCAUUAGAGCUGUUUCUUAAACUAUUUAUGUAAAUGUUUUCUCGGGAGAAAGUAGUAAUCAAUACACUUCACAUUAAUUUAGACUUUUUUAAGUUGACAUUAUGAACUUUUUCUGGCAAUUGUUUGAGCGGAUAACAUUACAGAAUAUUUUAAUUCAAUUACAAGUGUUUGAGUAUCACCCGUACUCCUUAUGCUUUUUGUAGGACAGUUUAUUAUUAUUAGCUAUGAAAACAUUAUUCGUCGUAAUUCAUAGGACUAUAAUUUUGUCACUGUUCCCAAAUAUUUUAUUGAUUUCAACCCCAGCAUCACAUAGUUUUGUCAUGAGUAUGUUAUUUAAAAUAUUCAGUGUCCGAGUUUUUAUCGAGAAGAGUCAGAUGCAUAGGCACAUUUAGAAAAAAUACUCUAACAGUUGAAUCAUUUUUUUGGUUAUACGUAAGCCUUAACUCGGUGACUGAUUAACAGUGACAGCGAAAUCUCAUUAAUUUCGACGCUAGGAUCACUCAUUUUAUAACCUUUGUUUUUAUGCUUGUUAUUCAUUUAACAGAGGCUACAAUUAAAUGUACGUAGUGGUUUCUUCAAUUUAGUACAGUGUUACAGAUUUGUGAGUUUUUGAAGGUAUGAGACAGAGUGUUCGGCCGUCAGCAAAAGGUAUCCAUAAUUUUUAAUCGAGAUCUGAAUCCAAUCCCCUUUGUUUAACAGUAGGGAAUAAUACCACUAAAAAAUUCUAGCUUCCGUUGGUAGAAAUAAGCUACUUAGUUGAAGUCUGUGCAAGGACAGCUAUCAGUGAUUACGGACGUUGUGUGACGUGACUGAAAAUCGGUCGCAGCGGUGCAUAUGCAUUCAUUUCUUAUCUUCCUUCACAAUAUUCUUUCCACUGUUCUUUCAUUCAUACCUGUUAGUUGUGUCUUUUCACAACACAACAUUGAUGUUCAGUCCUUCUAAUUAUGAUUGAUGUUUCAUAGUUCUGAUUACUGAUCUAUCCAUCUUGUUAAUUUUAUUUAGUUAUGUUUUCGUAGUAUGGGAGCUCAAGUCAAACUUUCGCUCCUGUCAGAUCCCAUUUUUGAUUAUGAUUAAAAACAACACGGUUAGUUGCUGAUAAAGUUCUCCCAUUGAGCUACUGCUAUUAUCAUUUGUCCAAAGUGAUGUUUACAAUUUGCAUAUACCUUGUUGAUUCUAAAUUAUCCGUUUAUUAUGGAAUUGUGUACUCACUUAUUAUUGAGAUUUAUGCCUUUAGAUUAAAUGGUCUUCUAAAUCUGAUAUUCAAACACAACUUCAAAAUUUUUUUAUAGGAAUUAUCGUUUACGUAAACAUUUAGGUACUCGUUAUGAUGCUAUACCAAAUGUUUUCGACUGGGAUUGUAGCAUAACUCUACACGAUCGAAAGGUAAGUACUUCUAGUCUGCUAACAUAAUAAUAACAUAAUAAAAUUGAAAUGGUCGGCAAGGGGAUGUGGAGAUUUUUUAAUUUCGUUGAAAUCGCGAAUUGAUUUAAGUUACAGCGCUAGUGAAAACUUGGAAGCAUUAAACACCCAUCUCAUUGUAGUAUGGGACUUCUCAGCAGAGCUCAUCCAUAGGUAGUUCCGUACUAGAACAUAACGUCUGUCCAGUGUUUCCAGUUCUUCAUUUGUGGUCUACACAUUGGUCGGUUCAUGGUUUCAAUAAAAAUUGAAAUAACUAUUAGAAUUUACUCAUCAAUCACUUACUAGCACAAAAAUGUUUCUGUCAGAAAUAAGAAUGAGAGACUACAUUUCUGUUGCAAAAUAUUUAGCAAAUACUUUUUUUCUCUCAACUAUUUAGUGUAUACCCAGUAAAAAGUAUUCUAAAUGUUUAGUCCAAAAUAUUUGACAACAUUUUUUGUGGUGGCUUAUACGAUAAAGUUUUUCUCGAUUUCAAAUUUUAUGCAAAGGAAACUUUCUUUUACUAGCUUCUAAAGGCAUUAGAAGAUGUACAUCUACGACCAAAGCAUUCCAGAUUGUUUUGUUGUAAUAAAGUGUUGAGACCAAGUAACAGUUUGAUUUAUUCUUCCCUAUGAAAUUCUAAGAUAAUUAUUCAUCAUUUUUGGAGAGCGACUAUGAGUUUAAUGUUUGCUCUUCGCUCAACUGUAUAAAGACUUAAAAGUAUAAGCUAUUAAGAAGCCGUACAGUUAAAAUGAACAGCUAUCUAUUGUUUUCUGUCAUGUUUGCUAUAUUUAUUCCGAUUAGCUUAUGUAUGAAAGUUAGUUAUCUGGUUUAUUUCAUUUCCACAAUACAAGUUACUAAGUAGUAUGAUCUACAUGAGAAGUAAAGUUUCCUAGUAAUAUCAGGUGUGAGAUUGUAAAAUUAUAAAUUACAUUUAAAUAAUUUCAUGGUUUGUAGAUAGUCCUCUGGUUGAUAUUGGUCCAUUACAAAGAUAAUCUGCAUAGACUACUUAGUUAAUUAUCUGGGUAAUUCUGGGAAUUCACAUUUUUAACACGGUAUUUCAUUGAUGUUUUCGAUGUAACAGUAUGGCAUCCAUUUGACCUCGAAAGUUAAAUGAUAGAAAACUAUGGUUAACUAUUAUCAUCAUCUAGUUAACAGUAUUCUUCUAAGGACAGAUUACGAAUAUACUUUCCUUAUCAUAUAAUCUCCAUAUUUCAUGUGAAUACUUGACGAGUAAAACGCUGUUUAUUAGAAUGUUUACAAUGAAGUACUACAUUUGCACUAAUGUUAUCGAUUUUCUUACUGCUGACAUUUGAAAGGAAAAAUGGUGUCUCAUAAUUCUUAUUGUAAUCAUAUCCACUUUACGAAAUAGAGACUCAUGAAAAAUUCUUUUUGUGUUAUUUUUGUCAAGGCUACUCAAAUAAACUCUAAAGAAUAUGCUCAUUGGCGUCAGUAUGGGAUGGCAUUCGAACUUCGGGAAGCCAAUUACAAUGUUCCAAAUAGAAGUUUAGCUUCUGGAAGAGUUUUCAGGAAUUCAGCUGGUGAUAAAGGAGUUUACUGGGGGUAUUGGGGUGACAUAAUCUGCUCACCAUAUUUGGUGUUUGGCAUAGAUACAUCUGAAUGUAGUGAAUUAAAUCGUCUUGUUAAUGGGAAGCAUGCAUAUGCGGCAUCAACAAUAUCUGAAGUGAAUAUCCGUAAAAUGUUCUGGGAAUUAGAAAAUCAAAAAGACUGCCCAUUACAUAUAUCCGCUCCAUUUUUGGAUCCAUCAACAACAAAUGAUAAUAUCAGUUUCCCUGACGAAGAAGUUAGUUCACAAAAUGAUCCCACAGUAGAGAAUGACACAGACGAUAGUAAACAGAAUAUGAAUGUUGAAAAUAGUAAUUCUGAUGACUGCAUACUUAUGAAGUCAGAAAAACUAAAAGAAGAAGAAGAAGAAAAUACAUCAACUCAAGCUAAGUCGAAUGAAGAGCCAGAACAAUUUGACAAUACAGAAUACGUUCCAUUGGAUAUUGCAAACACAUUCAAAGUUAAAUUUCUUCCAUGUAACAGCUUUUUAGACUUAUCUAUAAGAUACCGAUCUUUAUUUCUCAAAAGUAACGACAAUAAUUCAUCAUCAUUAAACAAUCGUUUCCGAAUAAUUUACAUCGGUAACAGUUUAGUUCACUUAUUAUCUGAUCUGCAUAAAAGAGAAAGUAAAAAAGACAAUGGAUUACAUUCCAAAUUGAAUAGUAAUCUAGAUGCAGAAGAAUGUAAUGAUAAAUUAGAGGACAAGAAAGUUAUAUCCAAUGAAAGCACUUUAGAAAAUGAUUUAUUUAAUACUGAUACAUUCAAUGUUUCAUUCACUGAUCUUUUGGAAGAUGAAGCAUUGCUAAUUGUAGAAUCUAUUCUGUUUAUAGUGGAGGUUAGGUCCGAACAAAUCAAAGCGUAUUGUGAAAAUGUUAAACAAAUGGCUUGUGAUCUUGGUUUCGAGUCUAUUAAAGAAAUAAAACCAAUGGAGGAUCAUCAUUUAUAUUUUCGAUUUAGACGGAAAUUACAAUAACAAUGUUAAAUAUAAUGUAUUCAGUAAUAUCAUAUGUAUGAUUAUACUGAAACGUACUCUCUAUUUCACAGAAGUUCACAACUUUGAAGAUCAAAUAAAUGUCUCUAAAAUCAAUCAAAGAAUGCACUAAUGAUAUAUUUUAUUUUGUAUAUUUUGGUUUGAACUAACUACUGAUCAAUAUUUUUGGUAUUGUUGUAUCCCGAUAAGAAUAAAUGAACGGUAAUUUUCGGGAUCCAUUUAUGGACCAAUAUUAUGAGUACAUUUUUAUCGUAUAAUUGUUAUGUAACUAAACUGUUCAUAUUCAUCCCCCUCUUAUUAUGAGCUUUAUUUUGACCUAUGAACUAUGAAUAUACGAAUAUACUAACAUUCAUGAAUUAUUCCUUGUCUGUUAAUCGCUACCUCCCUCAUUCACAGCCACAUCUGGCUAAUUCUUGUACAAAUAUUGUUUCAUAUUUUACUGGUACGUUGUGGUCGGUUUGAUUGGUAUAUAAACUCAGUAUGCUUGAAAUAUAAUGAUUCAUAUCUCA